CAAUCGCAGGCUUCGUCUCUCUCUGCACGGCUGCUGCGGCUGGAGCAGGGAAUGGUCUCCUUAUCUCCACACUCUGGGCUUCUGGAGAAGCUCUUCCAGCACAUAGACCUCCACCAGGAUGAAUUUGUGCAGACCCUGAAGGAAUGGGUGGCCAUUGAGAGUGAUUCUGUGCAGCCUGUGCCUCGUCUCAGACAGGAGCUCUUCCGGAUGAUGGCCUUGGCUGCAGACAAACUCCGGAAGCUGGGAGCUAGGGUGGAUUCCGCAGACUUGGGUUGUCAGCAGAUGCCUGAUGGUCAGAGUCUUCCCAUACCUCCUAUCAUACUGGCCGAGCUGGGAAAUGAUCCCAAGAAGCCCACCGUAUGCUUCUAUGGGCACCUGGAUGUGCAGCCAGCUCAGAAGGAUGAUGGGUGGCUCACACACCCCUACACACUGACGGAGGUGGACGGGAAACUGUAUGGACGGGGAGCGACAGACAACAAAGGCCCUGUCUUGGCUUGGAUUAAUGCCGUGAGCACCUUUAGAGCUCUGCAGCAGGAUCUUCCCGUGAACAUCAAGUUUAUCCUGGAAGGGAUGGAAGAAGCUGGUUCUGUUGGCCUGGAGGAACUUGUCGAAAGAGAGAAGGACCACUUCUUCUCCAGGGUAGACUACAUUGUGAUUUCAGACAACCUGUGGCUCAGCCAGAGGAAACCUGCACUCACGUACGGAACCCGGGGGAACUGCUGCUUCACUGUGGAGGUGAAGUGUAGAGAUCAAGAUUUCCAUUCAGGAACCUUUGGUGGCAUCCUCAACGAACCAAUGGCUGACUUGAUUGCUCUUCUAGGUAGCCUGGUAGAUUCAUCAGGCCACAUCCUAAUUCCUGGAAUCUAUGAUCAAGUGGCUCCUAUUACAGAGGAGGAAAAGACAAUGUAUGAAAACAUUGAUCUGGACCUAGAAGAAUACCGGAAGAGCAACCAAGUUGAGAAAUUUCUGUUUGAUACCAAGGAGGAGCUCCUGAUGCACCUGUGGAGGUAUCCGUCUCUCUCCAUCCAUGGCAUCGAGGGUGCCUUUGACAAGCCUGGAACUAAAACAGUCAUUCCCGGCCGAGUCCUUGGAAAAUUUUCAAUCCGUCUAGUCCCUUCCAUGACUCCAUCUAUGGUAGAGACACAGGUGGCCCAGCAUCUGGAAGCUGUGUUCUCUAAAAGGAAUAGUUUCAACAAGAUGGCUGUUUCUAUGGUACUAGGACUCCACCCAUGGACUGCAAACAUCAAUGACACUCAGUACCUUGCAGCACACAGAGCCAUCAAAACAGUGUUUGGAGUCGAUCCUGAUAUGAUCCAGGAUGGGUCAACCAUUCCUAUUGCCAAAAUAUUUCAGGGUAUCACACAAAAGAGUGUGAUGAUGCUCCCGCUGGGGGCUGUGGACGAUGGGGAGCACUCUCAGAAUGAGAAGAUCGACAGGUGGAACUACAUACAGGGGUCGAAAUUAUUCGCUGUCUUUUUCCUGGAGUUGUCAAAGCAGCAUUCAGGACAGCAGGUGCCUUCCGGUGUGUUCUGA